AUGAAAGAGGUCUUCACUGGAGGGCGAGGUCUGGCAGUUUUUGGGGAAGCAUUGGACACGAAGGGGCUUUCUGGCCACAUCAGGGCUGUUGCCUCCGGAGCCUUUCAUGUCUGCGUCUUGCAAGAGGACGGGAUUGUUCGAUGCUUCGGGAGCAACGGCUGCCAACAGUGUUCGGUUCCUGAGGAUUUGCGGCAUGUUACCAUGGUGGCAGCGGGAGGCCAGCACACCUGUGCCAUCACUUCCGCGGGCGGGCUCGUUUGCUUUGGCGAGGAUCACGUUGGACAGUGCAGAGUACCCCCGAACAUUCCCGCGGUUCGUGCUGUAAGUGCGGGGACCUUUCACACGUGCGCUGUGACAGUGGACGGGCAACUCGUAUGCUUCGGGAGCAACCGUUUCGGACAGUGUGUUUCUCCAGAAGCACAAUUUACACAGGCAGGUACCGUCGCAGCAGUCGAGCCGGAGGAAAGCACACAUGCGUCCUCGAGCAAGGCAGUAUGCUCUUGA